CCACAAUUCACCGUUUCUUCCCUUUCUCCAUCUUUCUUAUACUUUUACCUAAUUGCGGCGGAGUUACUUAGAUAGUUUACCUGCACGCCACUCCCACCGCCGAUCGGGAAAAAUGAGCCCAACGGAGCAGAAGCGGAAAAUCCACAUCCACCGCUCAUCUAUCGCGGUUUGCGGCGACUGGAAGGAAGAAGCUAUCAGCGGAGGAUCGUUGAAGCGUGUGGACCUGAACAACGGAUCGAACGGCUGGGCCUCGCCUCCCGGAGACCUUUUCCUCCUCCGUGGGCCGAACUAUUUCACUAAAAAGACGAAAGUGCCCUCCGGCGAUUGGCUUCUGGAACCGGCUGGGGUGGACUGGCUCCGGUCUAGCUCGAAGCUCGAUCACGUCAUGGCUCGCCCUGAUAACCGCGUCAUCGAGGCGCUGAGGAAAUCGCAGUCGCACGGUAAGUCACUCAAGACCUUCAUACUCGCCGUUAACCUACAGGUACCGGGCAGGGAGCACCACAGCGCCGUGUUCUACUUUUCCACGCGCGAUGACGCGCCGGUCGAGCCGGGGUCGCUGCUCUACCGGUUCGUCAACGGCGAUGAUGCGUAUCGGAACAGCCGGUUCAAGAUCGUGAACCGGAUCGUGAAGGGGCCGUGGAUCGUGAAAACCGCCGUCGGUAACUACUCCGCCUGCAUCCUCGGGAAAGCCCUAAAUUGCCACUACCACAGGGGCCCAAAUUACUUAGAAAUCGAUGUGGAUAUCAGCAGCUCCGCCAUAGCCAACGCGAUUCUCCACCUGGCAUUGGGUUGCGUAAAAUCUGUGACAAUUGAUAUGGGGUUCCUAGUCGAAUCUCAAUCGGAAGAUGAGCUGCCGGAGAAGCUAUUCGGGGCCGUGAGAAUCUGCCAGAUGGAGAUGAACUCCGCCGCAUACGUCGAUACGACGUCGUCGGCCAAAGUAUUACCCAUUGGCCACUUUCAGAGCAGUAGGCGCGUGCAGUCCGAAGAUAGCGGCGAAAUCGAGCCACAUAGUUCUGGUUAAAAAACAAACACUGAAUUUUUUACUUUUCAAUUUCACUCAGUUGUAGAUAACCUUUCCAAGUCAAAUUCCAUCAAUAACUUAAUCAAAUACCACUAUCUCUAUCCCAUAAAAUUCUUUGUAUGGUCCUAAAAAAUUCUUCUCACUUACCAUUUUUGGACAAUUUGUGUGAUUCACUUUUAUUUCACAUUUUUCUUAUGCAACCACAAUCAUAUAUUCCUAUUUUCUUAAUCUCCGUGCCAAAGUCAAAGGGGGAAGAAUUUUAUGGAGGGAAGAAUUUUAUGGAACAGAGGUAGUAAAGUAGUAAGGUAGUAUUCUGUAAAUUCUUUACCAUUUUCCUAAUGGCGAAAUCAAAGCGUGAUUGGUAAAGAGAUUUGACAUUGAAUCCAGGAUGAUUUAGUUAGUUAACCACUUUCGGUGGGAAUUAAAACGUUCGCAGUUAAUUUAGAUAUUUUCUACUCCAUCCGUCGCUUAAAAUUUUGCCAAGUUUGAUCGGUACGUGAAUUAAUAAAGUAAAAAAAUGUGUAGUUAAAGUUGUGCAGAGGAGAGAGAAUUAACUGGAACCACAAAUUCUUUACUUAAUUGUAAAAGUGGCAAAGUUAAUUGAACAACAAAAAAAUACAUGUCACCAAAUGUGUUCCGGGUGUUCUUAUCCCUUUGACUAGGGUCAAAUAGGCCCGCCCCACUACUGAUCGUGUAAGAUCAAUUUAGUCUCUGAACUAAAAAAAAGUUUAAUACGCACCCCAAAUCGUCAAAAAAGGAUUCAAAUUUCAUUUUUUACAUGUAAACAACCCCUAAAAAAGUCCAAUUUGCACCCUUAAACUAUUAAAAGGUGUCAAAAUUUCAAUAAAUCAAAAAUAAAAAACAAAAACAAUAAAAAAUUUGAAUCAUUUUUUAUCGAUUCAGGGUGUGAAUUAAACUUUUGUUUAUUUUAAAUACUGAAUUGAGUUAAAGCAUGUAUCUAUUCAUGUUAGCCGACCCCAAUAUCUUUUGGGACUAAGGCUUGGAUGUUGUUGUUGUUGUACUGAAUUGAGUUAAAUGAUCGUUACAUGAAAAAGAUUUAAUUAUGUUUAUUUGAUGUAAUUAUGAAACAUUCUUCUCUGAAUUUGACUGAACUAUGCUUGUGUCGUGAUGAGACUAGCUCCGGAGGGUUUAGAUGAUCGGCUCUGGGCCUUCCGAAUGCCGAACAAAGGAUUGUUGGAGCUUUCCGUAAUGACAAUCGUUGAAUUCGUUGCCAAUGUGAGGUAUCAAGUGAUAACUUCCACUUAAAGGCCAUGUUUGGUAAAUGGCGUUUUAGUCUAAUAUUAGCGGGUUUGACCAAAUUCAGCGGUUUUAAUCGGCAAAACGUUGAAAUUAAGUGUUUGGCAAAUGGCUUUUCACUAAGGCGUUUUUAUCAGAAAUGACGACAAAUGAAAUCGCUACAACUUGCAGCGUUUAGAGCAGCGGAUUCCAAAUACGUAAUUGAUUGUCAAGGUUGCCCUUCAUAUUCUUCACUUACUCAAACGGAGACCUUCCCUAUUCUUCUACCUUCGCUUCUGAAGAAAGUAUCGCCGGAUACAUAAACUAAGUUGCAGUCCUUCAUAUUUUAUUUUAUGCCAUAAUUUUAAAGUAGAUCAAAUCAGUACAUCGUGCCCUAGCCUCUGUGUAGGGUUAUUUGUGAGGCAGCGCAAGAUUGAUUCCGGCGUUCUGUUCGAUUGGAGAGGGUAGUAUAGGGAUCUUUGGGACAGAUUGGUUGAUUCAGAGGCGGUGUUUUAAGCGACCAAGGAGGAGAAGCGAGUUGAUUUACGAGCAAACGAUUUCUGGCAAGCAAUCAGGUUGGAUUUUGGUGGUCGGCUUGGGAUUCAAUUUAGCCGGUAGAGGCAGCUAAAUGCCUGGUUGUUCAUGAUAUAUUUUUAUACUAUGGUACAAUUUAUGUGUGGUUACAGAUUAGAUCUGUAUAUAGGUGUACAUGUCAUGAUCUAAUCUAUGAUCGAAUUAUUUUAGAUAUACAUCCAUUACGUAGUAUGUUUUUAUUCUGUUAAUUUUUAAAUAAUUAAUUAACUCACUAAUAUGUUAGGGUAUACUCAUGCCCUUUUUGUCUUUUUAGUUAUUGACCGCUAAAAGUAAACAGCUAAAUUACCAAACAUCUUUCUGUUACCCGCCAAAUUAAUCCGCCGGUCAAACCUGCUGACUCAAUCCGUUGUUUAUACCCCGCUAACUCAAUCCGCUAACCGCUCAUUGUCAAACAUGCCCAAAUUAAACAUUUAAAAGCUACAAGCUAGAAUUUGCUUUUUACUUUUCCUGUUACACAAAAAACGCAUAUUUUACGAAACAAUAUCAACUUUUACUUUUCAAAAUCAAUUUUUUAUCAAACACAAGAAACUUAAAAUAGUAAGCACUUUUCCAAAAUCAUUUAAAAAGGUGAUUUUUUAAAUCAAAAGCUACUGCAAACACUCCCUAAUUAAGAGACACGAAUAUUGAAAAUUUGAAUCGACUGAAUUAGGGCAUAUUAACACGAAGUUAAUACGCCUAAUUUCACUAGUGGAAAAACUUUAAAUAGAGGCGCUUCGUUUGAGGCGCUUUUUAGCACAAGCGCCUCUGUUAGCCGAAUAUAUUAAAUUUUUUAUUUUUUUCGAAGGCGUGCGGCGUUUCUGGGCAAAAAACGCCUCCAAUUUGUUUCCGAAACAAUUUUUUUUAAAAAAAAUAAUGCACCGUGCGGCGCUUUCUUCUAAGAAGCGCCUCCAUUUUGAUUCCCGAUUUUUUUAAUGGACAAGCGUGCGGCGCUUAAGUCGGAAGCGCCAUCGAUGAUAUUCGUUUUUUUAAUUAACUCAAGCGAGCGGCGCUUUAAGAAAAGAAGGAAGCGCCUCCAACUUUAACCCUAGCUACACGCCACGCCACGCCAGUUUGGAUUGUUCAAGCAGAGGACCUAAGCGCGCUGCAGCGGACCAUCUCAAGCAUCUAUUGAUCGAGCAGCCACACCUACCAGAAGACCAAAUCUUCACCGUCGCCGGCUGCUCCAUUGCUUCCUCCGUACACCAGCCGUCGUCUUCUUCCUCUCAGCCGCUGCUUCGACUUGGCCCUGCUUUCUCGCCGUUGUCUUCUUCCUCUCAGCCGCUGCUUCGACUCGGCCCUGCUUUCUCGCCGUCGACUGGUCGCUAGCCGUCGACGGCUCCGGCUCGCCAUGGAUGCUCCGGCCCGCAUCGCAUAAAUAAAGGUAAACACUAUGAGCGACGAUGAUGGAGAUGAUCAUAACCAUACACCUAAUAGUCAUGUCAAGGGUGGUGGCGGUAGUGGUCGCAGAGAUAGUGAUGGGAAGAAAAUAAUUGAAUUCGCCCAGAAUGAUACAAUAAUUGGUGAGUUGGCGGAGGAGUUUAAAACAUAUUUAGGGAAGCUGGUGCGUGGUCGGAUGAAAGCCAAUAUUAAUAGCUGGCAUGAGGUUUCAGGUCCAACAAAAGCUCAAUUAAUCAAAGAGAUACAGCAUGACUAUGUUCUGGAAGAUAACAUGGUUAAAACAGUAUCGAAAAAGUUGUCCAAAAUGCACCGAGAUUGGAGAAAUCGGUUAAGAACAGGUUACCUUUCUAAGACACGACCGGUUGGAAAGGAUUGUGUUGAUCCUUUGAAGAAGUACAAAGACCAACUCACAAAAGAAGUGUGGGAAGAUUUUGUGGCCAAGAGUACGACUCCAGAGUUUAUGGCUUUGAGUGAGAAGAACAAACAAGCAGCGCUACAGAACAUUUUUCCUCAUCAUAUGGGUCGUUCAGGAUAUGUGCUUUCCAUGGCGAAAUGGAAAGAGCAAGGCUUAUUAGACCGGUUUCUUCCGACAUCGGAGGUAGAUUCAACGAAGUCUAGCACAACCACAACUGAAGAAAUUCCAAGACAUGUAAGCUGGUUUUGUGCUAGGUCGGGAUUGACAUCUGAUGGACAUUUAGCUUUUCCCGGUAAUACUGAUGGCAUGAAAGAGAAAAAAAACAAAUUGGACAAAAUUCAAGAUGACAUAGCUGCAGGGACAUGGAAGCCAAUUGGACGACAUGAUAUUUUGACUGAGGUUGUAGGGAAACCUGACUAUCCUUGCCGUGCACGUGGCAUUGGUGGUGGUGUGGGUUAUACUCGAGUGUUUGCAGCAGAGCGUAGAGGUGGACGGCGUGAUAAAGUGGGUAAUUUGAGUGAGGAUGAUUUGAAAAAGUUGCAAGAGAGAUGGUUGAAAGAUAUGCAUCACUACUUUGUUCCUAGAGGUGAACAACCUACCAUGAGAUCAACGCAAGCUUCUGAGUCAGGCCAAGUUGAUACAAUGAACUCCACAGCUGAUAUUCCACAUAAAUCUUUCAUUGAUGGUGCAAAUUGUAGGCUGGCUGUUGAGUCACAAACUGUUAAUGGUGAUAUGAGCUUGGAUUAUGUGGCCGUAGCUGUAGCUUACAACACACCUGUUGGUGCUUUGAUUCAUAAUGUAUCGAUGUCUGAUAAAACAAUUAAAGUGAACAUAUCAAUGCCAUGUCCAGGUUGUGAUCAGUGUCCCUUGUUGUUUCCAAAUGAAUCGGCUGAUAUGUAUGUUAUAGCGGAUGCUGUGGGUUCCUUUGUUCAGUGGCCAGCUCGGUUGGUGAUUUUUGAGGGGGAGGAACCACAAUUUCAACACAAAAAAAAGAGAUGAAGAAGAAGCAAACCCCAUUUGUUGAGAGAGAUCCUCCAAAAGUAACGGUUGCACCUUCUAUAUGCCCGUUAGUCAGUGAGAGCAUACUUGAUACUCUUACAGAUGAUGUUUUGGAGUUGCACGAGGCAUUGCAGUGGUUUGAACUUGAAAAUUGUAAGUUCUCUGUCCAUCUUUCUACAGAUGUGUUCUGUUUUCAGGAAGAUCGUCCGUUUGGGGCUACAAUUGAUCGUGAUGAGUUGUCUCGGUUUCUUGAGGGGGACUCACUUGAGAUUUGUAUCAUUCAGACUUUCAUGGUUUGUUUAAAAGAAAAGCUAGUUGAGCUUGGCCGUGACGACAUUGGCUUUUUGUGCCCUCACCUGUGCUCUUCUGAACAUUAUAAAUUGGACAAAAAGGGCACAAUGACUUACUUGAAACAUGCUUUGAUAAAGUCCUUUGAAAAGUCAUUCAUUUUCCUUCCAUACCAUGAAGGGUAUCAUUGGAUUCUACUUGUCAUUUGCCCUAUGAUCGAUAAGGGAUAUAUUUUUGAUUCCAUUUCGAGUUCUAGCAUUAGUAUUCAAAGAGACUUGACAACAAUGUACAGGGUUGCAUCUGCACAAAAAGGUAGCGGUAAGCCAAUUAAAUGGAAUAGUGUGAAGGUUGCACAACAAACCGGAAGUACUGAAUGUGGAUAUUAUGUCAUGAGAUUCAUGUGAGAAAUAAUAUCAUACUCUGAAAAUCAUGAUAUUGGAAAGGUAUGGCGUUCAAGAAGUGAACCAUACACAUUAGCAGAGUUCAAUGAUAUCAGAAAUAUAUGGUCAAGAUACUUUCUGGAUGUUGUAUUGCAAAGUUGAGAAAAAACUAUUUAGCCAAACAAUUUGUAAUGUAUGAAUGUUGAUUGGAUGUUUAAUUAAACACGUAUUUGAUUGUGC